UAGUAGGCAGGGGGAGGAGAGUACGCAAUCUCUUUUUAGCCUAAACUGUUACUCUGAUGAAGAACUUAACAUGUUUUUGAAAGCUGUACUUCUUCUACAUCCAUCUUGGUUGGUGAGCCCGCACCGCAUCUGCCCGAUGUGCAGAUGGCCAGUGAACAGGAAUGCAAUUAAACAUCAGCCAGUUUCUCCAAAGCUAUAAAUCGGUGCGAGGUAAUUUUGACCAGUUUGAACCAAUCAGGUAUCCCAAGCCAAAUAACCGGCCAAUGGACGCUUCUAUGAACACGGAGCAUGAUGUAGGUACUAUAGCAAGGCGUGGCCAAUCCACAGCCGCUCCGGCUCCUAAGCGCUUUCGCGACCACCUCCUCUAGCCGGGGAGGGAAGGAGGCCAUUUCAGCUGGCUCGGGGAGGAGAGGGGGACGCUUGGCAGCAGCUGCGCUUCUUACGGUGGUGCCGGGGCAGCGCGCGCGGAGCCAGACACGCAGGCGCGGGCUGUGGUUUUACUCCCGGCUCGGCUUCUGUUUUCCCCUCCCGGCUUUAAUCCCGGCGUGAACAUGGCAGGGCUGAGCGGCGGCCCCUUCGGUUUCGGGCGGUGCAGUCACGCCGUGGUGCGGGCGCUGCCGGAGUCGCUGUGCCUGCAGGCGCUGAGGCAGGAGAAGGCGAAAGAGGUGGACUUGGCGCGCGCCGAGCGGGAGCAUCAGCUCUACGUCGGGGUGCUCAAGAACAAGCUGGGGCUGCAGGUGUUGGAGCUGCCCGCCGACGAGAGCUUGCCCGACUGUGUCUUUGUGGAAGAUGUGGUCGUGGUGUGCGAAGAGACCGCUCUGCUCACGCGCCCGGGGGCGCCCAGCAGGAGGAAAGAGGUUGAAGCAAUGAAGACAGCACUUAACAGUCUUAGUCUGAAUAUUGUAGAGAUGACAGAUGAUCAAGCAACCUUAGAUGGAGGAGAUGUUUUAUUUACAGGUCGGGAAUUUUUUGUGGGUCUUUCAAAGCGGACCAACCAUCGUGGUGCAGAAAUUCUGGCAGAUACCUUUAAGGAUUAUGCUGUCUCUACAGUCCCUGUUGCUGACUCCUUGCAUUUGAAAAGUUUUUGCAGCAUGGCUGGACCAAACCUCAUUGCUAUUGGUUCAAGUGAAGUUGCACAGAAAGCCCUCAAGACUAUGCAGCAGAUGAGCGACCAUCGUUAUGAUAAACUUACAGUUCCUGAUGAUGCAGCAGCAAACUGUGUUUAUUUAAAUAUUCCUGGCAAAGGUCAUGUUUUGUUGCAUCGAGCCCCUGAGGAGUAUCCAGAAAGUGCAAAGGUAUUUGAAAAACUGAAGGACCACAUGUUGAUCCCUAUAGCGAACACCGAGCUAGAAAAAGUAGAUGGAGCACUCACUUGUUGUUCGGUCCUUAUUAAUAAAUCUUCACAAUUAUGAGUUUACAGAUUUCCUUCCUUGUAUAUGGCAAUAAUGUACAUGAAAGGCAAAUGAAUCUGUAUUUCACUUGUAUUGGUUUUCUUGACAAUCUACUGUACCACUGUGCUACUGACCUUUGUUUACAAUGGUGCCCCUUCACUCGUAAUUAAGGUUUGUGUAUAUGCUUUUUCCUGACAUAUAAAGAUUUAAAGCAUGUUUGUCUGGAUUUCCAAAAAAAAAUGUUAUGAAAAUUAAUGGUUUAUGUAGUCGAUGUAAAAUGAUCUCAGAAGCGGAAGUAGGGGCCACUUCUAGCAUCACUUUUGACUGGGGCACAACAACAACCAGAUGCAUAUCUACUAUGCUGAACGUUACUAUCACUUAGUUUAAGGACUUGAGUUUGAAAGCAAGUCAUUGAAGACAUAUGGCAAAAUGCCAUACAAAAUGUACUAUAGGACUUCCUCACAAUCCAUUUUAUGAAUUUGUCAUCAUCAAAUUCUUUCCACCCCAAUGUAAAGAGUAAAACACUUGUUUUUAUAUUGCUAGUGAUUUUGUCAUAGGAACUUUAUAAUGCUCCCAGGAGAGUUUAUCCACUCCUUUUCCACCACUCUGCUUAAGUUCCAGGACUGACAUUGAUAAGUCAUCAAAUAUUUACCAACUGCAAAAGGCAUAAAAGUAGAAAAUUACAAGUGCUUACAGUACCACAGUAGUUAGUCUUCAGAUAUGGGCUAUAAGAAAGAUAAGGGCUCAGAGACAUACAUCUUCACACACUUAUUUUUAUAAUCAUCUCAAGUAAUUUCUUUACCUUGCUUUGGGGAAGUUUAUUGUAAUCAGAUUAGAACAUGAGAGGAAACCUGCACUGGACAGAAUAAUGCUGGUAUUUUAUAUAUGUUUCUUUAACAAAAAUUAGCUUUGUGUUUAAACAGAACAGCCUCAUAUGAAAAUAUUGUUGAAAGUAGCUUAACAUGGAUCCAAAAACGUCUAACAAAAUACUGAAGGAUUUUAGAAAUAAUAUUGGAAUUGGCCCAGUUUUAAUCUAGUCUGACUUUUAUUAACCUUUCUCUUCAGUAAUGCAUUCUGCUUUUUGAUGAGGGGACAGAGAGCUCUAUCCUAGAGUUCCAAGUUAUAAAUAACCAAAAGGAAAUUUAGUAAGUAUUCCUUUAGUAACAACUAUAGUGUAAAACAAAUUAUAAUUAUCCUAGAAAAUUAUUUUCCUUUUAGUGCCUUGGAAGAAAAGUGUGAAUGAAAUUAAUUACAAAAUAUAGGUGGAUUACUGUGAGGGUUUGAGGCAAUUGUUUGUCCAAAAUGCUGGUUUAUUUAUUUGCACUUUUUAAAAAAAAAAUCAGUAGAUAUUCAGGUUGUUCACAAGUUAAAACUUUUAUUAAAAUUUUAUUUCACAAAGUUUUAACAAAUGAAUAAAACACUUUAUUUUACUGACACCUUUCAUACCAUACCGUACUUUCAUACAUGUACUUGUUGUUAUGGUUUUAAAUAUUCAUUUGAUCAGGAGAGUUCUUUUCUUUCAAUGCUGAAUUUCCUGAAAAACAUAAAUAGUAAACAAGACAUGGCAGGGGGUUCUAGAUUCUUCCAGAUAUUCUAUUGUGCAAUGCUCUUGUCUCAGAUAUAACAUUUCAUGUGGGGCAGAAGGAUCCUGAUGAUUUUGCCUUUCACUUGUAAAUCUCCUAUGUAUUCCUGCUGCUAAUUUUAUUUAUUUUAUUUCUGAGGAAAAAAACGAAGAAAAGCUAGAAUGACAAAAUGUACCUUGGUAGCAUUCUUGGCUCUUGUUGUUUUCCUGUAGUGUAUAUCCGUGUCUUCCAAGAGACUCCCAUUACUAUUAUGUCUAAGGGUUCAAGUUGUGCCUGGAAAUGGAUAUCUUUAUUUAAACUGUAAAUCAGUUGAAAGAAAUGUUUAUUUUGGCAAAUUCUGCAACAUACUUAAGCAAUCAGAUGUCAAAUUUUCAACCUUUAUAUAUAUAUAGUAAGAAUAUAAAGUAGUAUUCUCGGGAAAUCUACUCAGUCAUUUUAACAAUGAUGAAGUUAAAAAAGUAAAUUUUCGUCAAGGCUUGUCAUUGCCUUUAUCAUUUUCCCAUUAAUGCUUCAUUUUGGGAUACUACUUCUGGUAACUGGCUAAUGUACAAUAUCACAAAGUUCAAGUAACCAAUUACAUUAAAACUAUGGUUGAAAUUAUUUAUAUGUAAGAAACACAGAGAAACACAUGGAAUCCAGGAACUGCAACAUGGGAAUGGCAUAUGUAGCAUUUGAUUAUCUUUUAGCUGAAUUAAUUAUACUUAAAAACUCUAAUUAUUCUUCUAACCCUUCCUUUCUUCAAUAAUAUUUUCUCCUAAAAUGAAAAAUUACUUAUUUUCUUGCCAAGUUCUUAUUUUAUUCCACCAAAACUGCAUAAUGAAUUUAUAUAAAAUUUGCAUAAUGAAUAAUAGAAAGAAAGCUGCUUAUUCUUAAUGGAUAGUUUGGAAAUAUUUAAAAAUGCAGUAGGGAUUUAAUUGGAAAAUGAGGUUUUUGUUUCCAUGUGAAUUUCAAUUCAUAACAGAAAAUAAUAGAAAUAUUUUAGAGAUAUUGUGAAAAGCCUUGCAAAAUAACAAUAAUGGUUGUGUGAACUUAAAUCUUCAGUUGUUGCUCAUUUCUUUUAGCUACCAUCACAGCCCAAAGAAUACAUGUUCUGCUUUGAUUUUACUUCAUUAAUACUUGCCAUCAGUAAUGUUAAUCAAAUUUCAGUUGGCCAUCUUUUAAAGAAAUAAAGCCAGAAAAUACUUGGUACAAAUGGUUUACAUUUUGCUUCUUUUUGUGUCUGCUGUGACAACUGCAUUGUCAGUAGACUUAUACUGACUUAUUUCUAAGUCAAUAAGUCAAUAAGUUAUACUGACUUAUUUCUACCUGAAAUAUUGUAAAUUGUGUCAUCUGUUAGUGCAUACACUGCUUGCUGUGUCAGACAAUCUUUUGAUUAAUUUUAUGUGCUAAUGGAUUCUACACUAUUCUAAAUAUCUAGGAUAGUUUAUAAUUGAUAUGUAUGCAUAAAAUAUCUGCAGUGCCUAUUAUGUUUCUAGUUUUCCUGAUGUUUGUCACAGUGAUCCGGAAAAAUCACUGUUAUUGUACUGAUAUAUAUAAUACAUUUAUACAGCUAUGAAUCUUUUACUAAGUUUCAAAGUGGUCUUUCUUUUCUGUUCUCUGUACUUCUGAAUUAAUAUUUACAAUUCAGAUUCAACAUAGCAAAAUUCUGUAUUGAGUUGGAACUAUACAACUGAAAAUGCAGACUUAUUUUAAAGUAGCCCUUUUCUUAUCUGGAAGACCGUAAAAUUAAAAAGAAAUUUCAUCAAAUUAAGUAUCCUUAGGUGUUUUUAGCGUGGUUUGAGCACGAAAAAAAAAGCUUAAGAGUAAUGAUUAAAAUUAAUCAUAUUUCAGCCUUAGAUACUGAGCCUCUGUCUAAAUAAUGCUUAAAUUUUUGUUAGCAUGGACACACCAAAGGCAAGUUUUAAGAUCAGUUCAAUGAAGCUGUAAAGCCUUUUCUUAUACUACCUCAGUAGUGCAGUGACUCUGUAUUUAAAAAUAGCAUAUCAUCAGAUGAGAUUAACUUGUCCUUCUUGCAAAAUACAAUAUGUUCUUCGAUGUGCAGAGAAUGGGGAAUAAGGAAGUGUUCAAAAACAAUAAUUCAUAACAGCACUUCUGGGAUUGCAUGGACCGCUCCUAAAUUUACGAACAUCUUAUGUUCCUUUAUGUACUCCAAUUCCAUAACUUAAAAUAUCUAACUAAAGAGAAAGCUCACUAGGCAAAACUCUCACUGAUGUAUUCUACAAAUCUACACUUCUUUUGAUCCUGAAGCUUAAAAGUUGGAAGCCAGGGGUAGAUACCCCUAUUUGAUCCCUAGCUGUUAGAUUGUUUUGAUUUUUACGGGGGGUGUGUGUGUGAACAAAAUGAUACAAUAUGUGGGUUUCCUUGUUGGACAAAACGUAAUCAGUGUCAGCUAAGGUUCCUUUCCAUGUGCCAAUGAGAAGUGUUUAUACAUGCUGUACCUUAUAUUGCUAUACUUGGCAUCCUUCCGCUCCCUCCCACACAGCCAAGUAUACACAUAGUUCAAUCUUUCACAGAUGCCGUGUUUUAGAAGUAUAGUGUGGAUUUUAAGGACAUAUGGAACAUACUUAGUCUCUGUGAGAUUUGAUCACAACUCCUGUAGAACACCAUGUUCAGCUAGGUGCAGAACUGUCCAAAAUGUCUCUCUCUUCUCCCUUAACAACAAAACCUGUUAACUUUUGUUUAUUGAAACCUAAGGGCAGAAUUAAUCUGAAUCAAAUGUUUCUAAGGAGCUGGUGGUACAUAUCCAUUAAUGAUGAGAGGCAGUCCUUAAGGAGCAUUUUUAAUCUAGGAACAAAAUAUGAGGCACCUCACUUGAACUCCCAGAAAGGCUUCUUGUAAAUGUGUGAUGUAGGAUGUAGUUUCAAGUCACAUAUGAAAUGUAUGUUUUGCAACGUGCAGCUACUAACCACAGAAUUCAAAUGUGUUAUCUUUAAUAUAUCCAAUUACUAUUUUGUGUGUCAGAAUUUUUGCAAAAUUCCAUAAACUGUUAACACUGGGAAAAGUGAUGUUAAUUUUACUUAAUUUUGUAUUGUGCAUUUCCAACAUUAUGUACACUCAUCACUAUCGAAUAAAGUGUCAGCUGAAGCUAAA